AUGGGCACAUAUUUGAGAAGCUUUGUGGUUAAAGCUAAAGAAGACAUAAGCAUUUCUUGUUUAGCUAAUAUCCCAAUGUUCAUGCAUAUUUACAGGGUCUUCAUUUCUCUUUUGCUGCUUUUAGUCCUUUUAGAGGUGACUGUGGAACAAGCUACGCACAGUCCUCUACAGAGAAUCUGUACAACGACCUUGUAUGAUCCAAAAUUGCCAAAUAUACCUCCUCUUGCAAAAGAAGAUGGGGAUGUCAUCAAUGAUCUGCUUGAGUGUUCUGGGGAAAUAAUAUCUCCAAGUUGUUCAAUUGGAUCAAAUUCCGUUACUUGCGAUUGUUAUCUUGAGAACCAAACAAGAUGUCGAGUAGUGCACAUAGAUUUCUCCAAUAGACAAUUACAAGGUAUGAUCCCUCCGGAGAUCGGAAACCUUCAGUAUUUAGAAAAGCUAUAUUUGAAUGGAAACAAUUUGCAUGGAUACAUUCCUGCAUCAUUCACAAAUCUUGAUAAUCUGGUGGAACUUUCUCUCUGUGAUAACUCAUUGGAAGGACCCAUUCCACCUUUCCUUGGUCGGAUGACGUCUUUAAAAAGAAUAUAUUUGUGCAAAAACUUCUUCGACCAACCAAUUCCUCGGGAAUUGAGUCUUCUCCCAUCGUUGGAAUAUUUAGACUUGAGUUAUAACUUCUUAUCAGGGAAAAUUCCGGCUGAGCUGGGACAUAUUAAGAGCCUCAUUGGAUUGUACCUCGUUGAUAAUCAACUCUCGGAUGUACUCCCGGAACAGCUUGGAAAUCUUGUGAAUCUUGAGGAGUUGUACUUGCAGAGCAAUGAAUUUUUUGGUCCCUUGCCGUUGAGCUUCAAGAGUUUGAAUAAACUGAGAUACUUCAAUGUGCGAGGGAACAACCUCAGUGAAUCAAUCCCAGAUAUUUUUGAGCAGUGGCAAGAUCUUCGUAUCAUGAAUCUGAUGGGGAAUAAUUUUUCUGCACCGUUGCAUGGCCAAUUCUCAAAGCUGAAGAAUCUAACAGAACUGCAUAUCAGUCACUUAGUUGGAGGAAGCUCGUCGUUUCCAGAUUUAUCCGGAACGAAACUUUUGGAAGUUUUGACAUUGAGGAAUUGUUCAAUAGCUGACCGCAUCCCUGUUGAGAUAUGGAAUUUACCUGACCUACGGUAUCUGGACUUGAGUUUCAAUAGUUUGUUUGGUGCAAUUCCGGAAGCUGUUAACAACUCGCUGAAGUAUAUAUUUCUGAAAAAAAAUAAUCUCAAUGAGACAAUUCCAGCUUGGAUGAAUUCUCCUUCAUACGUGGAUGUUUCUGAAAACCUUUUCAGAAAUGUGGGCAUUAGCCCCGGACAGACGCUAAACCCUGACUUGAAUCUGUUUGAGUGCUGCUCCAACGGAAAGGAUGAGGUUGCAAAGCGGGACCUAGUUGAUUUCGAUUGUAAGGAUGGAACUCAGUUUAAUGACCGUUUGUAUAUAAACUGCGGUGGUGAGUCUGUAUUAGUUGACGGAAGAGUUUAUGAAGCUGAUGUAAAUCCACGUGGUGAAUCAACUUUCUUCAAGAGUAAUGGAUCAAAUUGGGGCUACAGUAGUAUGGGAAACUUCUUAUGGGCAAGUCGUAAUAGGUAUACUGUAAAUGAUGGCCAAAUUCAUGUUGGUGAGGCCCAAUUGUAUAGCUCAGCACGUUUAUCCCCUAUCUCCUUGAAAUAUUAUGGAUUUUGUUUGAAAAGUGGAGUGUACGACGUGAAGCUUCACUUUGCUGAAAUAGCUAAUAUAGGUUCGCAUAGCGAAGCAGGGCGUCUCUUUGAUGUAGAUAUCCAGGGGGAAAAUGUGCUGAGAAACUUCAGCAUAGAAAAAGACGCGGAAGGUGUGGAUAAGGCUAAAACAAAGGAAUUUGCUGUUCCUGUGGACAACAACGGUCGACUGGAGAUUCACUUAUACUGGUCCGGAAAAGGGUCGGUCUUAUACCCAUCAGUGUACUAUGGGCCACUUAUAUCCGCAAUUACAGUAACUCCAAUGCAUCAGAACUGCCCGUUGGAGUGCUUGCUGGAAUUUCUGGAUUUGCAUUACUUCUUCUAAUAUUGUUCAUAGGUAUUUCCUGGAAAGUCCAAGACAAAUUACGUCAGGAAGAGCUAGAACAAGUUGAAUUGUACCCUGGAGGGCUUUACAACUACCGGAAAAUUAAAGCUGCGACGAAGAAUUUUGAUAGUAAGAACCGGCUUGGUGAGGGAGGUUUCGGGACUGUCUAUGAGGGCACUCUUUCGAAUGGGACUGCCGUUGCAGUUAAAAAGCUUUCGGCAACAAAAGACGGAAUGUGGGAGUUUGCGGAAAAGAGUCGUGCAAUUGCUGGAAUAAAACAUCCGAAUCUUGUAACACUAAUGGGAUGCUGUGCAGGCAAAAACCAACUUCUGCUUAUCUAUGAGUUCAUUGGAACCAAGUCUAUUGAAGAUGCAUUAUUUGGUUCAGACGAUAAACUUAGAGCAAGACUCGAUUGGCCAACGAGAUAUAGAAUUUGUCUUGGUCUAGCGGAAGGUUUAUCUUUUCUGCACGAGGGGUCCAAACAGGAAAUUAUACACGGGGAUAUUAAACCAGCAAACAUUAUUCUUGAUGAUGAUCUAAAUCCGAAGAUAUAUGAUUUCGGAUUUGCAAAGCUCUAUCACAAGCAAAAGUCAGAAGGAUCAAUGUCAUACACAGCGCCAGAAGUUAAAGAUCGCCCCUUAGAAGCUAGCGCGGAUGUGUAUAGCUUUGGAGUUGUCACACUUAUACUUUUCAGCGGAAGGAAAAUCAAAACCCCGAGGGCAGGUGGUGAAACUGACUACCUCGUGGAUGAGGCAGAAAAAAUGGAUCGGAGGGGAACUCUAAUGGAACUAGUCGAUCAUAACCUGAGUUAUGACUGGGAAGAAGCACAGAUGAUUCUACGAUUAGCAAUGGUAUGCAUAGAUUCACCGCCAUUCAGACCAACCAUGUCUACUGUCGUAAAGAUUUUAAAGAAAGAACGCUCAAUCCAAACCAUUUUGAUCAAUCCGGCUACGCCUGAGGGUAAGCUAGUGAUAUCCCAAGUUUUGUUUCCUUCUAGUGCUGCAAUCUCCUCCUUCAUUGCUUCUAUCCACCUUGGAUCUUUCACAGUUUCACUGAGUAGAGCCAAGAAUUCCUGCACUAGCUCCUACUGAUUUUUGAAUUUCAUCACUGAUUACCAUAGCAUAUGCUUGGUUAAUAGAUGGUAGUGGACUCAUGAGUAAAAUUUGACUUCUUGCCUGACUAUAAGAUUCAUUUAGCCCAUCAAGAACUGAAAUAGUUUUCACUUUUGGAGAUGAGCAACAUAAUCUUUGGAACUCUCACAGUUAAAACUAGGUAUUGGAACCAAAGCCUCAAAUUCUUCCCACAAAUCUUUCAGCCUUGAGUAAUAUAGGGAUACAGAAGUUGUUCCUUGAUACAAUGUGGCAAUUUCUUUGUGAAGAUUGAAUGUUCUUGAACCAUCAAGCUUAUUGAGCCUCUCACACAAAUCAUUCCAAACAGUUUGUGCACUAGUGGCAUACAUGAUCCCACCUAAUAGAUUUUUGGCUACUGCCCUUAUAAUCCAAGAAAGCACUAUUGCAUUUACUCUUUCCCAGUGGUUACUCAUUUAAGGAGGGAAUUUAUCCUUAGAGCAUGAACCGUUUACCAUCCUAACUUGUUUCUUCCUAGCAAAGACAAUCUCAUGGAUCGAAACCACACAGAGAAGUUUUCAAUUCCAGUUAACUGAAAAAAGAUGAUCUGCAGCCACUUACAUCUGAUGGAUGCAUAAAUAGUGGAUGGUUAUAAUCAAAUCCCACUGAAUGUUGAACUCCAAUUGCUCCACUAGCUGAAUUGGCUGAUUCUUCAGCAUGUACAUCAUUGUUAGAAGCCAUCACUAUAGUUGUUUUCUUGAUGUAAUUCUUGUAUGUGAUCUUUGUAGAUUUCAUAGUUUAGAAUUUGAGGAAGUUGAAUCACAGUAAUGGAAAUGAUUAAACAAAAUCGAUUGUUCUCUGAUACCAUGAACUUAAUCAAAGUUUCUCCAUGAUGAACUCUAUAAACUGGAAUGAAGAAGAAGAAAGAAGAAUAAGAAUGCAGAGACAGAGAAGAGUUUAGAUUGA